UAUUAUAUAAUAAUUGGCUGACGAUUUGUAAUAUAGACUACAUUUAUACACUAAAAAAAGCACACACACAAAAAAUGUGAUUCUCAAAGGGACCAAGCAAUUGUAAUUGCUAUAUAAUUGUCCAAUUACAGUUGAAUUCCACAUCUUUGCAAGCGUAAUCGGUUCCACGUGGUGUUUCACAUUAGCGAACAUUCUCCUCGUAUUUUCAACCCCUUUUAGUGACCCAUUUGCCUUGAUAAAACGUUCUGUAGUAUGCUUGUGUAUUUGUACCUGUGAUUACUGCUUGGAAUUAUGAACAGUAAGCAUGUUAAUGUGUGGAGCAGUGUGUCCUACGCUGCUUCUGUGUCAUUAGAAUUGCAAUUACUGCAGCAUAUCUGUAACUAAUUGAACACAAUAUCAUUUUAGUGCAAUUUCAGCAAACAAUGCUGUCAUUGUAAUAACUGAUUCCAUGUUUGUGACCAAGUGGCUAGCUAACUCCUUUCUGAGUUUCGGUAAUGCAGGAGGGGCCUGACCCUGUCAUCUGAUCAAAUAAAAAAGUACCUCAAUAGAGCAAGUAGAUUUAAAUUCCAUCUGCAGUCUCUGGUCACUAGAUGGCGCUGGCUACUAACAAGUACAAUCUAUGGAAAUGAAUGAAUGCAGGACUCCGAAAUGAGAUCUGCUUCAAAAAAUAUAAUCACCGAGGUCCACCGCAUAUAUGAAACGAUACAAGUGUUAGCUUUUCUUGAAUGAAUGUAAAGCUGCCAGCUAGAGCCGAAGCAGCGCCUGGACUCAAACACAACAGAGUUUAUCAAAAGGCUUUUAAACAACGUUUCUGAGGCACUGUAAUAAGAAAGAUGGGCAACACCGUAAAAAAAAAAAAAAAAAAAAAAAGUGAUUUAAAAGCUCUUUUUAAAAGACUUUAGCAUAGGGUUUGUUUUUUGUUUGUUUUUUUUAGCCAGACAAAUAAUAGCGUGAACCGCCCCUUUAAUUGUUAUCACUAAUAUAAUUCCGUUUUUUUGUUCAGGUGUUUGAUUCUGGGGGUGAACAGGUUCAGUGUUUUCUGUUCAGUGUGCGGUUAUUCUUCUCGUGUUUAGUUUUGAAGCCUAUUUUUCUAUGUGCCUUUUAUAAAAGCCGUCCCCAAUAAAACUCUGUUUCUGAAUGUGGUCAGUUUUUGAGUUUUCAUUUUGUUUGCGUGUCGAUCAUUUUGUUGUUCUCAUCAGAACUUGUGAAUUUGGUUUAUUUACACAUGUAUUACAUUUACUUGUUAACGCAAAAGUAAAUAAUCACUGAGUAUCAGGCUGAGCAGAGCCAGACAGGGUGCGCUACUCUUCUAUCUCCACACGGGGCCACUGUUGCACGGGUCUGUAUCACAGCAGGUGUUUGUGAAGGUGAAGUUGAUUCCAUGGCAAACUUCUGUCAGGCCAUACAGAUUAGGCAAUACACAGCUCUUAGAGAACUAGCUGUAAUCCACCUACAGGGGGCGAUGAGAGAGAGAUUGUAAUAGCAUAUACACACGAAGUAGCCCAGAGUCUUCAAUCUGUGAAGAUAGUUGGGUUGAUAUGUGCCACUCGAGUCUUGCGGCAGACAACUAGACCUGAAAACUCGUGUCUCUGAACUCGUCAAAGAAACAGACUUCUCAAAUAACAGAAAAACCGAGAGAUAUUAUAACAGAGAGGCCACUGAAAGAACAUAUAUAGAUAUUAUAUAUAUAUAUAUAUAUAUAUAUAUAUAUAUAUAUAUAUAUAUAUAUAUAUCACAGCCUCCUCAAAAGUCGAGGAAGUUUACCAUCAGACUUGGAAAUGGCCGGAACGUCGGGAUACGGGAAGUUUACCCACGCAGUGGUCCGAGGAAUCCCGGAUUCCUUUGGGAAGAGUAAGGCCACAGGUAGCGACGGGGAGGAGGUGGAUCUGGCCAAAGCCCAGCGCCAGUAUGGAGUCUAUACUGGGAUCCUGAGGCAGAAACUGGGACUGCAGCUGAUAGAGAUUCCAGCUGACAGCACACUGCCGGAGAGCUGGAGAGUGGAGGAUACAGCCAUCAUACAGGGAGAUACAGCUCUCAUCACACAGCCCUGGGACAAGGACAGGAGGAGAGAGACCGAGGCUGUGAGGAAGGUGCUGGAGGAGUUGAAGCUGCGUGUGGUUGAUGGUGCUGAUGAUGAGAGCGCCACUCUGGAUGGCAGCGAUGUGCUUUUCACAGGGCGGGAGUUCUUCGUGGGACUUUCCUCGUGGACGAAUCACAAGGGAGCCGAGCUUGUCGCUGAUACCUUUAGGGAUUUUGCUGUCUCCACCGUGCCCGUCAGCGGAGCCGCGCACCUGAAGAGUUUCUGCAGCAUGGGGGGUCCUGACACCAUCGUGACGGGGAGCAGCGAGGGGGCCAAGCAAGCACUCAAGGCGAUGGAGCAGCUCACUGACCACCACUACGAGAUCUUGACCGUUCCUGACGACGCUGCGGCCAACUGCAUCUACAUCCGUGUGGGGUCAAACAACAACUACCUGCUUCACGGGAGCACAGAGGAAUACCCAGAGAGUGCUGCCGCUUUUCAGAAGCUCACAGACUACACUCUGCUCCCCACCUCCUGCAGCGAGACCUCCAAGCUAGGAGGCACCCUCUCCUCCUGCUCCCUGCUCAUCAACCGCCGACUGGACCUCUAACCACUCCCCCCAAGCCUGUGAGAGCCAACCAGGGAGCACGGAACACUCUGUCCUGGAGGAGCUUUCGCAGAAACCACACCCACAAACCGGGGACUAGGGAUCCACACCAGAAGAGGCAGAUUUCCUUUGUUUUGUGUUUUAGUGGUCUUGUGUAAAUAGCAUUUCUUGGCAUAGUAGCUCAGAACCACUGAAGUGAGCCCACUUCAUACACACCUCAUGAAACGUGUUCAUUAAGGCUUUGCCACUUUAAGAAUAACAACUUCUUCUUUGCUGCCUUCUUAACUUUUUAUGACGUUUUCAGUGAUUCAGAAUGCUUCUUAUUGCAAUGAACCAUACUGUGUUAGUUUCAUUUCA